UGGAGUUUCUCUUGGUUUAAAAUUAAUGUCAUUCAGCGGCAGACCUGGGGCAGUCGAUGUUUGUUUGAAUGAAAGUCUCUGUUUUCAUUUACCUGCUCACACUCGUUUUGCUUUUCAGAGUGUUUUGCUGUUUUGGGGGGUGUUGUACACGCUUCUUCGCCUCUGUAGACGCUAGCUUAGCUUAUCUUAGCUUAGCUGUUGACUGGGUGAACUGGCUCCAUACCAACCCGCCCCUACUCAUGAUAGUAUGUCGUGGAUCCGGGAAGGAGAACUAAACCUUCUUGAAAGGCUUUUUGCCAACAUACUAAAGGCUGGGCCCAUGCCUAAGCAUGUGGCUUUUAUUAUGGAUGGCAAUAGACGUUAUGCUCGUAAGAGACAUGUGGAAAGACAGGAGGGCCACACUCAGGGCUUUGACAAACUGGCUGAAACCCUGCGCUGGUGUCUGAACCUGGACAUCCACGAGGUGACCGUGUAUGCCUUCAGCAUCGAGAACUUCAAACGCUCCCAAGAGGAGGUGGACGGCCUGAUGCAGCUGGCCAAGGAGAAGUUCCUCCGUCUGCUGGAUGAGCAAGAGAACCUCAGGAAGCACGGCGUAUGCAUUCGGGUGCUGGGGGAUCUGACGCUGCUGCCGGAUGAUCUCCAGAGGCUGAUCGCCAAAUCCGUUGUGGCCACCAGAGCGCAUAAUAAGUGUUUCCUGAACGUGUGCUUUGCGUAUACAUCAAGGCAUGAAAUCGCAAAUGCAGUCAAAGAGAUGGCAUGGGGGGUCGAGCAGGGCCUGCUACACUCUAGUGAUGUGUCAGAGGCGCUGUUGAGUCAGUGCCUGUACUCCAGCAGAUCUCCCAACCCUGACCUGCUCAUUCGCACGUCCGGGGAGGUGCGUCUCAGUGACUUCCUACUGUGGCAGACCUCUCACUCCUGCCUAGUGUUCCAGUCGGUCCUGUGGCCAGAAUACUCCUUCUGGAACCUCUGCGAAGCUAUUUUACAGUACCAGCUGAAUCAUCCGUCUCUUCAGAAGGCCUGGGAGCUGCACAGGGAGAGCCAAGCUAUGCAGCAGCUGGAGGCGGACCGCUCAUGUGUAGCUGAGCUCCUCCAUCAUCGCAGCAACGGGAAGCCCGUGGACAGCCAAGCCCGGCAGACUGCCCUGCUCCGCUACGCGGCCAGCCGCGAGGAGAGGGUCCGGCGCUUCCUGUGCACGCUGCAGCAGAAAAGAGACGCUUUCUUCGAUCACAUGAGUGGUCCAACAGUGCUCGCUUAGGGCCUCUCUUCUCCUAAAGCAGGGGUUCUUGGCUCCAGCCCUGGGGAUCCCACCACCUUCUGCACCUUCAAGUCGUCCCUAUUUCCAACAUGCCUUUUAUCUCCCUCACUUAGUGUCGAGCCCUUCGCGAGCUGGAUCACUGUAUUGGGCUAGGGGACACCUGAAACUGCAGGACGGUGUGUUGAAAGCUGUACUACUGAAAUUUUGGUCCUGAAAUGCUGCUGCUCCUGCUCCUCACAGCGUGACUGGGUCAACCCGUCAGCUCAUUAAAUGCUCCGGGCGCUGUGUCGGCUACAUCGGAGUAAAGAAAACAUCGGGCAAUAUUGUUAACCCAGGACCAGAUUGUAUGUGGUCACCCCUGCUCUACAUGGAAAGGGCUCAGAAGCCAUGAAGUAUAAAAUUCUUUAUAUUUACGUAUUUGUAUAUACUUUAGAUGCUGUACCCAGUUUUAUGGGGCAACGGACUAUUUAUAUUUGUCGUCUUAAUGGCAGUUCUGGAAAAGGUCUAGAUGUUUCGCUGGAUACUGCUCAGCAUGUAAAUUGAACAGCGCUAAUUAAAAGGUUUAUAUUUUAACCCUUUGGAGAGGUUUGGGAAUACAUGGUUGUAGAGUAGCAAACUUGUCGACUGACUCAAUGCCUUUGUAACAUCACCCGAUGUGACGUUCUGAGCAACCGAGUGUGCUGAAACUCCUCAAAGGGCUAAAGAGCAAAUUUCUUGAUAUUGAUGUGUCUGUGUAUAUAAAGACAAAUAUAUUACAAAAUAAAUGGAGAAAAUCGAGCUUCUGA